AUGUGGACACUUUCUUCAGGUAUUCGUCCAUUUUGUAAUAGACCACAUGACAUUAAAUUAGCUGCUGAAAUUUGCUUUGGUCAUCGUCCUGAAAUUGUCGAUGGAACUCCAAAUGUUUAUAAUCAAUUGAUGACACAAUGUUGGCAUUCUGAUCCUUUGAAACGUCCAACUGCAUCUCAAUUAUAUGAAUUGCUUGGAAGUUGGGUAACUGCUAUAUGCGAUGAACCCACACAAUCCGAAUUAUCCGAUCAAUUUGAUAUCGCAGAGGAGAAGAAAUUCUCAGAUUUAGAAAAAAACAAUUUUAACCAAAAUAUUCAUUCAAAUGCAUUUUAUACAAGCAGGCUCUUGUAUUUUCCCGAAUUAAUUGACUCUAAUAUAGAUAAAUAG